UGCCGGGUGCGGCAUUUGAAGUGUGACCGCAAGAAGCCAAAAUGCUCGCGGUGUCUCAAGGACGAUGUCGAGUGCAUGAGCCGGGUCGAGCUGCCCAAGCCGCCCAAGAAGAAGGCAAGGCUCGCCAACUCUUCAAAACAUCAACCAGAGUUCCCCACCGACCAGCCAUGGUUCAGGGUUGAGAAGGAGUUGGUGUUCAUUGAAGGCAACAAAUUGACCAUCUUUGAGAACGUGCAAGAAGUAAACUUCAACCACGGCCCGCACUUGAAGUCUGCUAGAAACCUUGGUCAAUCUCAAGCAUCAAUCCGGUUCGAGACGCUCGUAGAGGCAGCUGCUGAGUGCAGAGCUGAGCGUCCUCAUAGUACUCCAAUAGAACUCACAACGGAAGCUAUAACAGACACAAACUUUACGGCAUCAAGGACUGGUACUUCACCGGUGUUUGAGUUCACACCGAGUGGCAGAGGGUCACCGGCCCGCACUUUAUUGCAUCAAAGUCGGUUGUCCAACCGUAACGAUGCUUUGUCGCCACACAACUUCCGAGCCUUUGGUUCGUCCAGAGAUUCAUCAACAGGUCGCAUUACUACGAUUUCUCCCGAAGCGGCAUGCUCUCUAACUACAACGCCUAUACUGUCUACACACGAAGCCCGAUUGAUGCAGCACUUUAUCGAGCAUCUAGCUCCAAGUAUAGAUGUAGUUUGUUCAUCACAAAUCUUUGGACGACUAUUUCCUCGCAUGGCCUUUCUGUCGCCGAUCUUGCUAACAUCGAUCUUUGCGGUCGCCUCAAAGCAUAUAUCCAAGACGAUUGAGAUGACCGAUCCGACGGCAGAGACCUACUUCCAAGAGACGUUGGAUCACCUUAUACCAGUGUUGAAUGAGCCUGACGCGCUAGUUGAGGACUACAUCCUGGCUGCUGUAGUGAUUCUGAGAGUUAUGGAAGAGAUGGACAUCUCGCUCUCUGGAUAUGAUCAGCAGAGCCAUCUGCCGGCCAUCCAUGCCCUUAUCAGCGCGCAAGAAAGGAUUGCUACACGAGGUGGCCUACGACACGCAGCUUGGUGGGUUGGGUUUCGUCAAGAAAUGGUUGUGGCUUUCAUCAACCAGAGACCGAUAGUGCCUGUGUUGGAACACUGCAACCUGGAUCGUUCCUUCUCAACAGCCGAUGAUUGUACUUGGGCCAACAGGAUUAUUGUCCAUUGUGCGGAUGUCAUCAACUAUUGUUUCCAAAACGGAUCACUCGAUCAAACAACAAAGGCAUUCGAGCAGACUGUCGAUGUGCGUUGUUUCCGGUGUCUGCAGGCUUUCAAUAUCGCUUACCUUGAUUUAGNNGACCAACUCAGAACUCAUGCAAGGAUCCUUUGCGGCAUCGCUCAAGGUGGUAGCAAAACCGCAGCGAUCUGGGUCACGACAUGCAUGGGUAUAUCAUGGUGUGGAGAUCGAUUUACUGAUCGUGCAGAGCAAGAAGAACUGCUUGAGAUACUCAGGUAUACCGACAAGGUACAUGCCCGCCAUACUCUGUCUACGCAGGAGCAUCUCACACAAGCAUGGAAUUGGCCAACAGACACCUGA